AGUGUUCUGUAUGAAAGGUGCUCUAAAACUUUUAUUUUAUACACAACUGUGCACAUCGUGAAUGACAUUUUUUGAAUGUACGAAAAUGACUAUCAUAGAUAAGGAUGAUACCAUUAUGCAGAAAGGGAUGAAUACACAGUACUGAACUUCAGUAACAACUACUUCAGUAACUGAAGCGCUGCUACGCCGCUUAGGUAUCUUUCCAGUAUCUUUCAUUAGAGCUGAUUAGAGCCAGGCCAAUUCGAGCGAAGAACUGAAUAGAAUUGAACGAGAACAGUGUCAAAUUACAUUGCUAAAUUUUUACAAUAUUUUUCAACUGCUGAAUGUUCCAAAAAUUGGUUUGGAGAUAUACGUGAUAAUUGUAACGACGGCACUUGCGUACAGACCGAAUCUUCCUCACAAUAUUUUGGUUGGAUUCAUUUACUUACUUCUUCAUCGUUUUUAAAACAUGACAACUCUCAGGCCUUUCACGUGCAACGAUUUGUUCAAGUUUAAUAGUGUGAAUCUAGAUCCGCUUACGGAAACAUAUGCAUUGUCUUUCUAUACACACUACCUGGCACAUUGGCCAGAAUAUUUCCAAGUGGGAGAAUCACCCAGUGGAGAAAUUAUGGGAUACAUAAUGGGCAAGGCUGAAGGACAAGGAGAAAAUUGGCAUGGACAUAUAACAGCUCUUACAGUUUCACCUAGCUACAGGAGGCUUGGCUUAGCUGCAAUGUUAAUAGAUUCCUUAGAGGCGCUAUCAGAGAAGAAACAAGCAUAUUUUGUAGAUCUAUUUGUAAGGGUCAGCAAUAAAGUGGCAAUCAACAUGUAUCAGCAAUUGGGAUACAUUGUAUACAGAACAGUCCUUGAAUAUUAUAGUGGAAACCCAGAUGAGGAUGCUUUUGAUAUGAGGAAGGCACUAUCAAGGGAUGUAAAGAAAAAAUCGGUGAUACCAUUAACUCAUCCUGUGAGACCUGAGGAAAUAGAUUAGCUAUACAAUUAAAUUGCCACAGAUUGAAUGGAAGGUAAAAUUUUUAAUGUGUGAUAAAUAAAUAAAUAGUCCUUUAAAGUGCAGA